AAUAUUUACAUUUUAUACAUUUUUCUUUAAUAGCAAACAGUCGUUUCCAGGGGUAGAAUGGCCAACUUUAAGGGACAUGCAUUACCUGGUACAUUCUUCCUGCUGUUUGGCCUGUGGUGGUCAAUAAAGUACCCGUUCCGACAGAUACAGAGGAAAAAAGAGAGGCAACAUGGGGACAGAAACAGACAAAUGCACACUGUACUCAAUAGCCGCAUAGAUUUAAUCGAAGGAGCUCUGAAGAUAUUUUUUGCAUUUGCUGGAAUCAUGGCAGAGCAGUUUGUGCCUGAUGGCCCUCAUGCACAUCUGUAUCAGAACGGCUGGGUGAAGCUGAUGAACUGGCAGCACAGCACCAUGUACUUGUUUUUCGGUAUUGCUGGCAUUGCAGAUGUUCUCAGCACGUCUUCUCGCCACGCGCCAGUUGGUCUUGACCGCCUCUCUCUUUCUUUGGCUCUCUUUGUGGAAGGGUUCCUUUUCUAUUUCCAUGUCCACAAUCGUCCUCCUCUGGACCAGCACAUUCACUCUCUGCUUCUGUUUGCGGUGUUUGGUGGAGCCGCCAGCACAAUGAUGGAGGUGUUUAAGCGAGAUAACACUGUGCUGGAACUUCUUAGGUGCAGUUUGGCCAUUCUACAAGGCACAUGGUUUUAUCAGAUCGGGUUUGUGCUGUAUCCUCUAAAUGGAGAAGAGUGGGAUCUGGACAGACAUGAUAACAUCAUGUUCAUCACCAUGUGCUUCUGCUGGCAUUACGCUGUGGCUCUGCUGGUUGUGGGCAUCUGCUACUGUGGAGUUUUUUGGUCUUCAAAAUGGUGUGAAGGAAGGAAGCUCGGUGACAUGGAGAUGGGCCUCAGAAAGUGUGCCGCCUCAGAUUCUAGCACCCACAAGGCUUUGCUCCAAGAAUCAGAUGAAGAGUAGUGAGAGCCUGUGAUGACUGCCAAACUGUCUUUCUAAUAGGACUAUAUGAGCUUAUGUUUGCAUCAUUUCACUGCAAAAGAUUCUCAAAAGUGCUUAUGCUGAAAAUAUCACAUCCAAAUGGACUUGUAAAUAAUGUGGUUGUCACAGGUGUCAGAAGCACCUGGACAUUUCUGAGAUUUGCCAAACUAGAGGUAAAGAAUAGAUCAUGAUAUUCUUUCAGGAUAUAAAACACGUUUGAAUGAUAUUCACUCCUAAAU